AUUGGUUGUACAUUAUUGAUUCUGGAGGUCAGCCAGCAUACCAGGAGCUGUUGCCAAUGUUUGUUAGAACAGCUUCUCUCAAUAUCAUCACUCUUGAUCUCUCCCAACUUCUCGAUAAAAAGCUUGAUUUCCAAUACAGGAUUGGACGGGAGACAUUUUCUUGUGGUUUAAACUUAAAGUAUUCAAAUCGAGAUUUCUUUUUAUCGGCAGUUUCUUCUGGAGCCAUUUUAAAACCAAUCGAUGUCCCUCAUAUCCUUGAAACACCUUCACAUCCAAUGCAUUUUGUGUUAGGCACACAUUAUGAUCUCAUAACUGAAGACAAGCUUAAGGAGAUGAAUAAAGAGUUGAUGUCUUCAUUGAAGCCUGACGUAGAUUAUGUUAUCCCUAAUAUUCAUGGAGAGUCUAUCAUAUUUCCUGUUAAUACACUAGUACCUGAAGAUGAAGGAAGAAUGAAAGCAGGGCAGGAUUUAUGUCAGUCAAUAGCAAAUUGUGGAGGCACUUCUCUUAAAAUGAAUAUGCCAAUUCGUUGGUUUGCAUUUGAGCUUUGGCUGCAAAAAAUAGCAGAAGACAAAAGCUGCAGUUUUCUCAUAAUAGAUGAAGUUAUAUCUGCUGGUAAAGCUCUUCAAAUGAGUGAGAAUGAUACCAAGGAUGCCUUACAGUAUCUCCAUAAUGUUACUAUUAUCCUUUAUUAUCCUGAUAUCUUGCCACAGUUAGUUUUUGUUGAUCCUAAGCCUAUUCUUGAGGUUCUAUCACGUCUAUUAGCUCUUACUUACGUUGAAAGGAAAGCACUACACUUAAUAGCCAACCCUGUUCCUCUACAGGAAGUUAUAAUCAAGCUUCACUAUUUUGGUUUGUUUAAAGAGAAACUCUUAACGAAUCAUUUCAAAUUCCUUUUUUCUCCACCUCAUUUUGAGCCGUCUCAUUUACUUAAGCUCCUUAUUCAUCUUCGUAUCAUUGCCAGUGGAGAAGAUGGAGAUUAUUUCUUUCCUUGUGCUUUGCAGUCAUACACUGAGCCACCUGAACCUCAAACAGAUAUUAAACCACUUCUUAUAGUCUGGCAGGAUAAUGAUGGUAUCAAUACUCUUCCAGUUCCUCAGGGAAUGUUUUCUCUAGUCAUUACUCACCUCCUCAGUCACAAUAAAUACCCCUGCAAGGUAAACUUUCCUCCAUUGGAGCCACUGUACUACAGGUAUCGUGAUGCGCUGUCUUUAUGGAUUUUUAUUAAAAGGAAACGUUACACACUUCACAUAAUCAAUCACUACACACACAUUGAGGCUUAUUUUGAUGAGUCAGUUCAAAAAGCAAAGCCAAUAUGUCCUUAUAUUUGUGAGCUAGUCAUGAAGGCUGUCAGUGACAGUGCUGAUGCCAUCAAUGUUGAACGCAAUCAUGUCACUGCAUUCUCUUGUCCUAAUGAAAAGGAAAAGAGCUGUUACUGUGUCAUAGAAGAAGACCAUUCCAUCAAUUGUACACUGUGCAAAAAGUCAGCAGAUAUCAGUGGUGACAACUACUGGUGCUGGUUUGACUGUGACACUACAAUGAUAACCUCAGUGGCUGCAUAUUCAGGAUGCUCACAAGCACUCAAUGUAUGUGAUUUAGAUGAUAUCCUUACAGACUUGAAGGGUGGUCACUAUUAUAGUAGCAAUUGGAAGGAGCUAGGACUCAAACUUGGGUUAUAUGAUAAUACACUGAGUACUAUAGAGUCAAGUAGUUCCUCUGAAGUUGAAGACUGCCUUAGGAAGUGUAUUGCUAAAUGGUUGCAAAGAGCUGAUGGGGUAGAUAAUAAAGGAGCAGCAACCUGGACCACACUGGUUAAAGCUCUUGAACAAUGUGACAGCAAGCCAACAGCUGAACACAUCAGGUGUAAAAGAAAGUGUUGAUCAAUCCCAGACUGAUGAUAGUGAACUGUGUCCACUAACAAUUAAAUAGAAUAAAAUAUCUUGCUAGAGAGAAUGCAUGUAUGCCCCUU